AUGGGCUAUUUACGGCAGCGGCAGCAGCUGCUGCUCGUGUUGUCGGGGGAUGGGCUGUCUCCAGCAUCAGCAGCAGAAGAAGCAGCAGCAGCAGCUGCUGCUGCCUUUGCAGCAGCAGCUGGUGGUAGUACCUGUAGCAGCAUUAGCAGCAGCAGUAGUAGUAGCAGCAGCAGCAGCAGCAGUAGUAGCAGUAGCACCACCAGCAGCAACAGCAGCAGCAACAGUAGCAGCAGCAUCAUUAACAGUAGCAGCAACAGCAGCAACCACAGCAGCAUCAACAGCAGCAGGACAAGAUGA